AUGAGAUUCUUUCCACCUUCUCGAACUCACCAAAUUAUGAAUGACGUUCACACCUUCAAGCAAAAAGAUUUAGAGAGCUAUCCUGAGGCAUGGAAGAGGUUCAAGAAUUUUUUCAAAAACUGCCCCAACCUUGACAUUCCCAAGCAGGCUCAGCAAUAUCUUUUCUACUACGGUCUAAAACAAGAGUUUAGAAAUAUGAUAGAUGCUUCAGCAGGAGGAUCGGUUAUGACACUUGAUGUUGAUGAGGCAUAUGACCUGUAUGAAAAAAUAGCUGAAAACCAAUCGAUGUGGCCAACUGAUAGGGAAGCUCCAAGGAAAACAUCAGGGUUACACAACGUAGAUGCAAUGACAGCACUGGCCGUGCAAAUGGAAGUUCUUACAAUGAAAAUGGACAAUCUAUCUAAGUCAGUCAACAUGGUACACCAAUCGCCACCUGUUUGUGAAGGCUGUGGAGCGGAUCAUGCUAGUACACGCUGCCCUUUGGCGUCUACACAUGUUAAUCAAUUCAAAGAAGUUAGCUACGCACUGAACUUUCAGAGACAGCAAAAUAAUCCUUUCUCCAACACAUUUAAUCCGGGUUGGAAGAACCAUCCAAAUUUCUCUUGGUCUAAUAAUCAAGGACAAGAACAGGGAAGAAGCAAUCAGAAUAAACCACCAGGUUUUCAACAGCAACAACAGCAAGGGAGAAGGCCAUCGUUGGAAGAUUUGCUGGCUCAAUACAUUACUAAAACUGAGAUCAACUUUCAAAACCAACAAGCUUCGAUCAAGAAUUUAGAACAACAGGUUGGACAGAUUGUAGCCGCACUAUCAAGUAGAGCUCAAGGGACAUUGCCCAGCAAUAUUGAAACAAAUCUUAAGGAACAGGUCAAAGCAAUCACUACACAUAGUGGCAUCUAG